GGGUUGGGCCGGCCGUCUACAACGCGUGACCUGCCCGAUGUUGCGGGGAUGAACGAGUCCGCGCAUAUACCACUGUGUACAAUUCGACGAAAGGGCUCUGACAUGUGACCGGGUCGGAGUUUACAUCGUCCCGGGGUGCGUCCCUCCGUCCGUCUGUCGGGCAAGUUCCUGUGUGAGAACUUCCGUGGUUAACCACGUGACGAUCUUGCGUAGCCGAAUGUCGCGGAGUGAAGUGAUGCAUGGCUAGAUAAGAGUCUCGCCCGACUUAGAGAACCGGGCGGUAUGGGUUUGCCACGUUUCUCCCUGAAAAGAUACUUUUUCUACGUGCUAUGUCUAACGGGCACGCUGCUCGUCCUGUUAAAUCUCCUGCAGGACGAGAUAUGGCACAGUAUGCGGCCGCAUCCCGGCCAGCCGCAGUCCGUUCGAGCUGUCGGAGACGGACCGAAGAUGAAACCCGAUUGGCCUUUGAAAUCGAAGAAGCCGACGAUGCGAGUAUUACGCACUCGGGAGCGAGUGAGGAAAAGACUUUCGUCCGAGGCAUUGAAUACAAAUGGAACCGCGAGCUUGGGCGAAAAUUCGAUAGAUUUGGAUCCAUCGCGAAGACCUUGGUACAUGAAAGGAGGUACCAGAAGACCAUAUCCAGCGAUAAGAACUCGCAGUACUGGCCGAAGAUUGGCUCAAUUGUGGCCGGAGGAAGAUGCUUACGAUGAUCGUGUGACUAAUCAGCUAAUGUUUGUGCCACCAAAUUACAACAGAACAGGUGAGCAUCCAUUGAAAAAGAUAAUGAUUCCUCAUGGGAUGGCCGAGGCCAAAGUCGGUCCUGACAUAUUCUUCCAACAACGCUGCCCCGUGAAUUCUUGCACGAUCGUCCGUGACAAUCCGGACGAUGCCGAUCUCAUUCUAUUUAAGGAUUACGUCACACACGUGGGACGAAGGUCUUACAAUCAGGUGUGGAUGCUGUAUUUUUUAGAAUGUCCUUAUCACACGCAAAGCGUAAAAAACGCCCUUAUCAAUUGGACCGCCACAUAUCGGCGUGACAGUGACAUAGUGGCACCUUACGAGAGGUGGCAAUAUUAUGAUUCCAGUGUCACACAGAUUCCACAAACGUUUAAUUAUGCAGCAAACAAAACGAAGAAAGUCGCUUGGUUCGUUUCCAACUGCCAUCCCCGAAAUCAACGUAUGCAUUAUGCCAGGGAACUCUCGAAAUACAUCCAAGUAGACAUUUACGGUGCUUGCGGCAGCCUGCGCUGUCCACGGUCGCAAUCGCAAACGUGCUUCGACAUGCUCGACGAAGACUACAAGUUCUAUCUCGCGUUCGAGAAUUCCAACUGCAAAGACUACAUCACGGAGAAGUUCUUCGUUAACGGACUUGGGCACAACGUCCUACCCAUCGUGAUGGGCGCCCAUCCGACGGAUUACGCACGCAGCGCGCCAUACCGCUCUUACAUCCACGUAGACGAGUUCGAGUCGCCGAAGGAGCUUGCCGAGUAUCUGCAUCGGCUGGACCGCGACGACAACCUGUACAACUCGUACUUCCGUUGGAAAGGCACCGGCGAGUUCAUCAACACGUACUUUUGGUGCCGGGUGUGCGCCAUGCUGCACGACGACCGUCCGCCAAAGUAUUACAAGGACGUGAACGAGUGGUGGCGAGGGGACGGCGUGUGCACGACUAACUCGUGGCGGGAACACGACCUCUCGCAGAAUACCUGAGGAGGCGAAAUCGCCCCGGGAAUGAACGUUUAAAGGGCUCUUCCGGCGGCCACGGGGAGUUCCGUGCAUGCGUGCGUCCGCCCACGACACACGUUGCUCAAUUUCUACAAACGAUUCCGAUUCUUCCAAAAAGAACAGAAUAUUGCCUGAGUCUAACGGAGAGGCAACCGGAAGCUUCAGAGAACGUGCAUUGUGCAUUCGCGUCUAUAAGUGAGUUGCUCGAGGUGGAUCGCGGUCACACAGAGAUGCUGGACCGAUUUGCUGAAAGUUCCGAAACGAGAUCCCAAAAGACGAGGAGACACGAAGACCUCGCACGACCUCGUUUCGCGGACACUCGAGCCACUCUGAGGAAAGUAUUAAUGAGAUCCUCGUCUUAGCGAAGUUGCCACGCGAUUUUUCAUCACUCGACUACUUUUAAAGGCUCUGCUCGAAAAGCUACGAUGCGAACACGAUACGAGAUGUUACGCAAGUGAAACGGAAAGUGGCUUUCGUUCGGCGAUCGAGAUGCGGAUAAACGGUAGAGAGAAAUCUUUCAAGGUCUAAAUGAGAAUGUUUGUUCACGAGGAGGAAUUUUUUCAAGGAGGGCAAUCUGUGUGCCUAAUUGUCGAAUCUUCCAAAACCAUGUUUCUAUGCACUUCUUUUUCGGAUGAUAAAGGCAAAGAAUCGAGGCGAGUGAUGAUUUUAUGAGAAUAGCCAUGAUAGAUCCCCUGCUCUCUGAAUCAGAAUCAGUGUAUCAUUCACUGACAGUGAAGGUUUCAAUUUUAGUGCUGUAUUUAUAAUUGCAUCAGUGGUGGUGCGUGGCUCUACGUGAAAACGGUCAAUUCGUAAAUAAUGAAUCUUGGAUUCAAUUUCGAUAUCAUUAUCCUAUAUAUUCUACAUAUAUUUUUCGAGGUUACGUCAAAGUCUGGAGACUGUAUCGGGCCUAAGGGAUUAGAGCUGUAUUAAGGCCCAAGAAACUGAAACUGUGUAAGUCUGUGUAAGAAUUUAAGGCUGUCAAGCCUAAAAGAAACCUAGGGUCCAGGGCUUCUAUUAAGACUUGGAUGAAGCAUAAAAAAUUUAGCGAAAAAUUUAAAGAAAUUCUUUACAUCUAGAUGACGUCUUACGAACUCUGAUAUAGUUCCAUCCAUUACCAUUGCUACUAUUAUAACUAUAUCAAUAAUAUAUAUUUUCUCUUUCUGAUGAUAUAUUGAUUCCGAUCAGUGUAAGUAUCCUCCCUUCUUCCUCUUAAUCGGAAACACUAAAAGACGAUAACUGAUGAUUACAAUUAUAAGUACAGCAUUGCAAAUCAGUAAGAUUUCAUUAAAUUAGAUUUAAAGAGUGAGAGGUCAUUUUACUUAUUAUCAUGGCAGAAAUCAUUCGAAGAUAAAAUUUUGCGAUGUACAUAAAAAAUUUAGGAAAAAGGUGGAGUAGACUAUUUUACGACGAAGGACGCAAAAUAAUACAAUACGUAUCGUGAGACUAAAGUGCAAUAUGCGUUUGUUCCAAAGGACUUUAUUCUUAAUGCGCAUUUAGUGCUAAACUGCGUGAUCCUCUAAAAAGAUGCACAUGAAACGCAACGAAAUGAAGAAUUCAUUACGUUUGUUAUUAAAUGUGCGCUGAAAAUAUACGGAUUAGCAUGUGUGCAUGGAAUAACUCAGAAAAUCAACGGAUGAUCUUCCAACUACAUGUACUAAAGAACUAAUUACGAAAAA